CCCCAGGAGCUGCCCAAGAUGCAAACAGCCCUCGUGUGCCUGUGCCUGUGCCUGCUCCGCACAGCCCUCUCAACACCCGUGCCACAGCCACUGCCAGGGAGAGCCAUCGGGAACUGUAUGGGACAGCACCGGAUACUGCUGAAGGGCUGCAAUGCCAAGCAUGGCUUCUACAUUUUCAAAUAUGUCUACUCAUUUUCAACACGGAGGAACCAGACUGCGAUAAAGAAGGAAGAGGCUGACAGCCAGAGCACCGUCCCCAUCCACCGGCUGGGUGAGGACGAUGCCAGGUGGGGGCCAAAGGAAGAUGGGGUGUCCCUGGAGCAAGGUAAAAACGGCAGCAUUGAUGCAAUGGAGGACUGGACCAGCCUCAAGCCUGACAACCGGAGUGCCCCAGGCAUUGGCAGAGAUGUUCUCAGUCCUCGCCCAGGCAUUGGCACCCGACCACGUGGUGUCGCAGGCCCCACCCCAUCCAGCUCAGAAGGCAGCGGUGAUCUGGAUUUGAUGGUUGAAGCUGAUGGUGAUGUUUCCAUUCUCCCCCAGGGCAGACGCCCCAGCAAGGCUGUGACAGGGAACAGGUCUGGUGUCAGGAGUGAAGAUAGGGAUGAUGCUGCCCCCAGGGGUGUUCCAGUGGAGGGGGCCACAACAGCUGGGAGGGAGAGGGCCCCUGCCACUGGAGAGGGUGCAUAUGAGGGCAGCGGUGCAGCCACCGUCCCUGGCCAAGGGCAGGAGGGUGUUGUGCGGGGCACAGGGACAAGAGGUGCCACACUUGCCUCUGUCACCAAGAAUUUGGAAGACAUCCAGAUUGAUGCCCAAGGUGUGGAUGAAUACACUUACAUCCCCAACUCAGGCAGCAACACCGUCACCAACGGGAAGGUGGGCAGCAUAGCAAGGGGCACUAGCUUCACCCAGAUCUCUCCGUACAAGGACGACAAGGUCAACAUCUUCAUUGAGAGGGCCAACAUCCAUGUAGGGGAGCAAGAAACGACCCAGGCCAGCACCACCCUUGGCAGCAAGGAUGAUGGCAUCCCCACUCUGGGAACCAGCAGCCCCCUGCCCAGGCUGAGUGUCACACAUGAUGGCAAUGGUGAUGAUAAUGGCAUCCCUGAUCACAGGCAGCCUGAAAGACCAGACACCACAGCCACCCUGAUCCAUGAUGAUCAUGUCACCAGCAGACCUAGAAAUGACCAUCCCACAGGAGAAAAUAAGGAUGGUGCCACCAAGGUUGGUGAUAGAGAAGGACUGGUGGCCCCUGGCCCCUGGAAGGACACUGGUGAUGAUGUUACCUCUGCCAAGGGAGCUGGCAUCCAUAGGAGCAAUGAUGAUGAGGUGAAAGGUGAGGGGCAAAAGUUUGACAGGAGGUCAGGCUACCCGUCUGUCACCACCCCCCGACAGAGGGGUGACAGGGAGGCCACUGUAUCAGCCAAUUGGGCCAAGACCAGCCCAGGUACCACUAUGGCCUCCCCCAGGAUGAGUGAGGGGGACUGCACCACCUCUCUGGGGAUGGCUGGCAGCUGCAAGGCAGGCAAGAGUGCUGGGAGAGGAAGAGGGGGGAGCAGGGAAGUGGGGCCAGCAACUGCCCAACCCAGCGGGGAGAUGCUGCCUGGGGCAGGGGCGAGGAUCCAGCCAGGUGGAGUAGGGCUGGACAAGACAUCCAGGGUGGACAAAGUCCCGCUGCCACACAGGAAAGCCAGCCCUGGGGUGCUGAGCGGGAGCCAGACAAGGGUUGGUGGCCAUGGCGGCGAUGUUGAGGACAGGCCGCGUGCCACUGAAGUAGGGGGCAACCCCUCGCCACAGGCAGGACAAGCCAGGGGUAGUGUGGCAGUGAGCAAAGGCCAGGAGCAAGGUGGCAGUGAGCAAAGGCAAGGUGGUGAGGCCCAGGCGGCAGUGGCGGGUACCAGAGUCAGCCACCUGCCCGGGCAUCAUGGCAGGAGGCUGGGGGCCGGAGCGCCAGGGGCGUUUGCUGCUCUGGGCCACAGCAGGCAGGUGGACCAGGUGAAGCAUGCCAACGAGCUCCAUGUCCAUGAGCGGGCCUUUUAUGCCCUUGGUGGGGUGGGAGGUGGCCCCCGCAGUCCCUACAACAGCCUGGGGAGUGCUGAGAGCAGCCAGUCCUCUGAGGGAGAGCAAAGCAGCCACAGCGACAGCCAGCAGUCAGGGCUGCGACCCGCAGGGUGGGGAGCCUCAGGUCACCCCUAUGGCCGCUGGAGCCAGGGCGCCCUAUGA